AAAUGCAUUUCUCUCUCUUGUUAUUUAGUAUUUUUUAUUUUAUUCUUACUACUGAGCAAUUCGUAUCUAAAUAACAACCUUAUAGAUAUAACGUAUUUAGAUUCAAUAGAGGAAAUUACGACGAGGAAAAGGGUUUCUCCCUAGGUUAAAAUGCACGUGGACAUCUGUCAUAUUGAUUCAUGCAUGAUCAUUUAAUGUUUACGAAAGUAUAUCGAAUAGUAUAAAACGAAAGGGGGUGAUACAAUCGCACGCGUCUAAUCUUAAUGAACAAAGAAAAUUAAUUAAUGUGUUACAAUGUGUGUGUAUGUGUGAUGAUUGUUGCGUGCGUUUAAUUAGAAUAUUUUAUAAUUAGACAUCAGUAGGGAAAUUAAUUAACAAAAAGAAAAAAAUAAGACACAUGAAACUUUAAUGAAAACCUAAAAUUGACAUAAUUGUACACACUUUUUUUUAAAGAACGAAUUAAUUUGUUCGAAUGGCGGAUCGAAUUGAAUCCAAAUUAAAGAUGCAGCUUCCAAGAAAAAUGAGCGCUCAAAAUGUAAUGGCAAGUAUCACUCGUACUUUGGGUACUCGUGAAAAAGUUCAAGCAAAUGAGAUACGUUUCGCUGGCGAGGAAAGAAAGGACAAAUUAUAUGAACCUAAGCACAAGAAAAAAUUAAUACGCGUACUUACCGUAAUAGCCUACAUUAUAUUUGUCAGUAUGGCCGCUAUUAUUCUAUCGUUGUAUUAUACUUUUCUUUGGGACCCCAAGGGACCCAUUCGAACGACGAGGACGAAGGAUCAGAUGUUCAAAUCUGAUUGUAAAACUUCGGACUCUCUAACGAUUCCAUCUACUCUUAAUGAAACUCAGAUCGAGAAAACAACUACUGCUAAGUCAAUCACAACGAAUGAGACUAUGGAUGAAACAUCAGAAAUGCCUACUACUCUACGGGAAAAAAGUCUUUUACAAAUAUUAACUGAAACUACAAAAACCAAAGAAAUAUUCCCUAAUGUAUCUUCCUCCUCAGUUGCAUCUAAAGAAUCUCGAAUGAUCGAUGUUAUUACAACCACCAAGUCUUAUAAAGAGGAUAAAAGUCGAAAUUAAGUUUAGAUUCACCGUCUUUUUUUUUAUUUUCCUUUUAUAAGAACAGAGUCGAAAUUUAAAUUAUUGUACAAUAUCCAAUGAUGUAAAGGCCUACGUUCUUAAAUUUUAUUAAUAUGUAAAUACUUAAAAUCGAUGUAUGCAAAAAAUAUUCUUCUAUUUUCUAAUAACUAUUAUUAUUACUAUUAUUACUAUUGUUAUUCUUACUAUUAUAUCCGUAUCAUCAGGGGUAUUAUUAUUAUUAUUAUUUAGGUGCGAGUCAAUCAACUCUAUUCGUUUAUAGGAUUCAAACUAUUGACAACUAUUUCGAGUACCCGUUUGAUUGAAUAAAAUGACAGAUUUGUAUUGUAUGUAUUAUAUAAAUUUAAAAAUUAAAUAAUUACAUAUAAAUCGUUA